UCAGACUUUAACAGCAAUAACAGCUCCAGCUCUUCUCAACUAACUUCUUCUCUUUCCUUCAGUAAAAGACUCAGAUUGGUGGAGUUUCCUUGUAAAAGCCCUCUGCAGAUUCCACUUCUCCCUGGCCUCCUUCAACUUUGGCUUGUUUGAGGUCUCACUUCUGGAGAAUUUCCUGUCUCAUAUUUUACAGAAUGAAGCAAUCCCAGCAGCCAAUGGUGUAUUAUGCUCUCCAUACAUUGUGGUCCACGGCAGCGAGCACAGCACAACCCACAAGGAGGGAGCACAAAGGCAUCUUUUUAAAGCUACCUUUAAUCCCUAAGUGCCAGUCCCCUGAAGUAAACUAGUGCUGCCUGAAGGCUGCUCUAACUUGUGUUGACUGCCAAGAGUCGUAAAAGGGGUUAUCUGCUGAUUUCCAGACACUCAGUAAGGAGCGAUCAUUUGGUGGGCCAGGAAGUUUACAGCCAACACCACCAGUCUGAAUGCUGAACCAAAAUACCUUUUCUUUUCAACCUUAAAAUUCAGGACUGGAGAGGAGUGAAGUCUUCCUGCUGCUGCUCUGAUCUGGGGGAAGAAGGAAGAAUGUCACUGUGAAAACAGGAAAAGAUGCUGAAGUUUUGGUAUUUUUUCCUCGUGUUAUGUUUGCUCAUCCAGCAGCUUGAUGCUAACCCUGGGCUCAAAGUCAGGAUCACACAGAAAGGGCUGGACUAUGGUAAGAAGAUCGGGCUGAAGAUCCUGAAGCAAAGAAUAAAAGAAGAAAGCUUCCCAGAUUGGAGUGGCCGGGAGAAAUCUGGAGUUGGCGAUGUGGACUACACAAUUUCAGGGGUAAGAAUUAACACCAUUGAAUUCCCAGAUGCUUCCGUAUCCCUCAUACCUGGGAUUGGGAUUAAACUAUCAACUCAUCGUGCUUAUGUAACCGCCAGCAUUAACUGGAGCAUCAGGACCUGGUUGUUCAAAGACAGUGGAAGAGCUACAGUGUCCAUUUCAGGAGUAUUUAUUACAGCAGUCUUUACCAUGUCACAAGAUAGCACAGGUCACCCAUCAAUGUCAUUGGAUAGCUGCCAGAUGAGUAUUAGGGGUGUGGAAGUCAAGCUGAAUGGAACAAUCAGCUGGCUCUAUAAAUUCUUUACUAAAUACCUGGAGAAGCCCAUUCACAGGAGCUUGGAUACACAUUCAUGUCCAAACAUCAGACAAGGGAUCCAGCAGAUUGAUGCACAGCUCAGAACACUUCAGGUCCCAACCCAGAUCGAUGCCUUUGCCCAAAUAGACUACUCCCUAGCUAACUCUCCAGGAGUCUUCCAAUCCUACAUUGAUUUGGACUUAAAGGGCACAAUCUAUCCAGUUGGAAAUUGGACUGACCUUGCCUUUGUACAAGCUCCCUUCAUUCUCCCAGACAAAAAUGAUUCCAUGCUUUACUUCGGCAUCUCUGAGUAUUUCUUUAAGUCUGCCUCACUGGCUUAUUACACAGCAGGGGCCUUCAACAUCACCAUUGUAGAAGAGCUCUCCAGUUAUUUUAAUGUAACAACAGAGACCUUUGGUAGCAUCAUUCCUGAGAUUGCCCAGUAUUACAUAGAGGCACGCCCCGCAAUGUUGAACCUGAGGGCUACUGCUGCACCUGUGAUCAGUUUACAGAUAGACAGCUUUACUCUAGAGAUCUGUGCCUCCAUGGAGGUUCUUGCUGUCCUGCCAGACUCAACCACCCAAUCCAUGUUUACAGUGAACAUAAUAGCAAACACCAGUGUCAGUCUGACUAUAUUUGAACAGAAGCUGAUUGGCUCAUUAUGUCUGAACAGAUUCCAGCUCUUCCUGGCCGACUCCAGGGCUGGGUUCUUUGAGGUCUCACUUUUGGAGAAUUUCCUGUCUUAUGUUUUACGGAAUGGAGUAAUCCCAGCAGCCAAUGUUAAACUGAAGAAGGGAUUCCCUCUUCCUAAACUGGACCAAAUUACCCUCCUCAGGCCUGUUGUUAAAGUUAAUGAGGGUUACCUGCUGAUUUCCACUGACAUUGACUACAAACUCUAAGGAAGGAGAGCUCAUUUGGAUGAUCAGGAAGUUCCCAACCAACAACAUGACCCUGAAGGCUGAAUACUGUCCCUUUUGUUUUUAAACUUAAAAGUUCUGCAAAUGAGCAAAGUCUUCAUUUCUGCUCUGAUUUGGGCAAAAAGCCAAAAAGAAAGAGGGAAUUGACCCCUGAAAUAUUUAUAGCAUGUAUCCAGCAGAAAACCAUGUAAAAACAUAUUGCAGUAUGUGUUUUUUGUGGUUAGGUAGGGGAUGCAUUUGUUGUUCGGGAGUUUGUAGGUGCUGCAAAAAUUCCUGUUUUUAAAGGUUAAAGUCUCUCUUUUUAAGUAAAGCCUUUUUUAUAUACUUCCUGGGAAGCUCAAUAUUCUUUAGAAAAAAGGACCUAUGCCACCAAACUGCAAACACAGCUAUCAUCAUCAGCUGCUCUACUAAUGGUCUUGUUGUAGCAUAAACUUCUUAUUCUGCUUCCAAAGGAAUGCAUCUGUUGUGUUUAAUAUGAAGUGGGAGCUAUCAAAAAGUGCUUCAAGCUGAAAACUCUCUUUGUGCCUAUGAGGACUUAAAUCUUCUGAGUUCUUUGUGAAAGGAUUUCCUCCGAGUUUGAUCAGGGGGAUGAACAAAGUGCCAUGGCUCUUCUUAGUGGUAUUUCAGGACAGGGACUACCGUGAUGUGUUUGUAGUUAUAAGCAGGUACCUAAGAAGUUCCAGAACUUUGAGCUGAAAAAGACCCAUGAGUCUAGUUCAUGCCCUGACAGUACAGAAUUAUUCUUUACACUUUCAUUAGUACUGUAUCCCUAACUUUUAGAUGUGCCAAGAAAUGCAGCUACAACCACUUUUCUUGAGAAACUAUUCCACAAUCUCACUUUCCAGAAAUCUUCAGGCAGAAUUUUUUAAUGAUUCGUUCAAUUACGCCUAGUGAUAUCUACCUCCUCAUUCCACCUGGAAGAGUUCCUAGCUCCCCUUGGCAGUUUCACUCUUCAGCUUGCAGGGACAAAAAGGGGCUGUUGAAAGGGAAGGGGGAAUAAAAACUUGAAAUUAAAAAAAAAAAAAGGUUUUGAAAAAUGAAACAUGUUUUCAUUUGAUUUUGACCCAUUUCCAAAAAAAUCAGACUUGCCCUGCCCACCCUAUUUCCCAGCAGAAAAAAAACAACCACCACCGACCUGUGUUUGACAAACCCCCAUUUCUCAGCAGGAAAUGUUUGG